GGGGCCAGUUUAUAACUUCAAGUUUCUUUGACGGGGCUUAGCUGUUAACGUCAAGUUCUCUCAGAUCGAUUGCUAAGGAUAUCUGUCCAAGAGUAAGUUGGGAUCGCCUUUUCCUCUUUCUGUAUCAGAACACGGCUGAAGGAUCUGGUUUUUUUAAAAAAAAAUUCUAAAUUUGUUGAACAUUCUGAGGGCACAGGAUAACUUGUCAAAAAUUUCCAAACUUGAAAAAAAUCUCCAAAAUGAUCGUGUUGCUGGCGGGUAUCAUUGUGCUGCAUCUGACAGUCCUGGUGUUGCUGCUAAUCUCCACAAUUGUUAAUUCUUGGUGGUACUUCAGUGAUUCUCAUAGUUUAGAUAUCUGGCAGAAUUGUACAUGGAUGGAAUUCUGGAAUUGCGAUGCAUAUACCACUAACGAAUGGCUGCAAGCUGUUCAGGCUAUGAUGAUUCUUUCCAUCAUCUUCAGCGUCUUGUCAGUGAUUUUGUUCUUCUGCCAGUUGUUCACGCUCCAGAAAGGUGGUCGGUUUUACAUCACUGGAAUCUUUCAGCUACUUGCAGGCAUUUGUGUGAUGAGCGGAGCAGCAAUAUACACAGUACAGUACCCACAUAUUCAUGGUGAGCGCUACAGUGGCAGCUAUGGAUUUGCCUACAUUUUGGCAUGGAUUGCUUUCCCUCUGGCCUUGUGCAGUGGAAUCAUCUACGUCAUUCUAAGAAAACGUGAAUGAGCUGCCAGAGACCACGACAAUCCAUGUGAUGCCACCUUAGAGGAAUAAAAGAAACAUUACUGUUUUAAUUUGAAGAUGUAUAUAGUAUCUAUGGUUUAAAACCUAUUUAUAACACUUUUUACACAUAUGUACAUAGUAUUGUUUGCUUUUUUUUUGACUGGAGCCCUGUUUUGCAAGCUAAUUAAAAGUGCCUACAGAACAUACAUUUUUAACAGUUUAUUAAAAAAAAUUUUUGCUGAUGCCAAAUUCUGCAACAAAACUUUAUUUUGAAUAGAACAUGUUAACCAAAGCGCAUGUACAAAUUAUAGCUAGUAAGCUGUUUUAAAAAAGUGGCGCAGCUUGUACAAAUAAAUUGCUAAUAGCUGAUAAGUUUGAAUAGUUUACUCAUGUAGAUAUAAAACAUUUACAAUUUUCAAUGGUGCUAUGUAUUUACCAUUCCUUGUAAUGAUAACCUAUAGCAAUCUCACUGGAGAGUUACUAUUGGCAAGAAGGUAAAAUAAAUGCUUUAGUUCUACAGGAUUUAUUUUGUCCAAAUAUUUCUGUAUGGAAGGAGAUUUGCUUUAGCAUUGAUGUGGAGGUUUGAAAGCUAAUAUAAGCUAGGGACGGUAGGGUUAGGACUGGUGUGAGAGGUGAUUUGAAUGCCCAGGAUUAGACACUGUCCAACGUAAUGAGGCUACACUGUGUGUUUUUCUUCUGAUUUUGUAGUCCAGUUCUGUGCUGCAGAAUGUCACUAUUCUUGUCCGAUUCGCGGUCUCUCCCUUUUCACACUUGUUCUUCCUUCUUCCUUGGUAAAGCUAACCAUAACUUCAACUUUCUUUUUGGGCUCUCAUUGAUAGCUUUGGGAAGGUGUAAUGCCUCAAAGUGCAGCUGUUAGCAGUCACUGUUUUUUUUUCCGCAAAGUGGAGUCUGGGGAGCUCCUCUAUUUGCCAACAUUGUGAACGGCAUGAAGUAUCCCCAUCAGUUCUGUUUCACCAGUGGAAGGAGUGGGCAGCAGACAGCAGCAAAUCACAGUGUGUUGGGUGUAUGAUAUCACCACUGCACUAAGACUCAGCCAGUCCCAAGCUGCAGACACCAAACCUGUGUCCCAGAACCAAUUCCCCAUGUUCCUUUUCAGUUCCUGAAUGCAAAGGCAUUGUCUGACUGAAUUUUCAAUGUUUUUCAUUAACUUAUACUAUAGCUGGAGGUGUCAGAAAACUAGUAUUGAUAGGCUUUGUUUUAACUGUUGAAAGCAUGCUAUAAAUUGUAAUUGAAGAUCUUAGUGUGCUCCACUAAAUAUAAAUGUAAUGUUCAGAACUAACAGUAUCUACACUUUGGGAGUAUAAAAGAAAUGCUAAUGUAUCAUUGUAUUGACAGUGUUCUGCUACUGAGCAGUUAUGCAAACAUGAAAGGGGACCACCAAUAAACAGUAAUUAAAAUAAAUAGGAAGUAAAAAGAAUUCAAUCAAAAUGUUUUCUGCAUACAAAGAGGGUAACAAUGCAGUUUUGGUUCAUAAAUAACAUUUCUCAUUGUUUUGAAAGAAGAGUAACAUUCUACCAUGCCAUAGUAAUGAUUAAACAACAAACAGCUCUAAUAUCUAAAUAUAUCUGUAGUGCUCAUUGCAUGAGUGUUUUCCCUAACGGUGGCCUCAGAAACAAGAUUUAAAUUUUAUGUAUCCAUAAGCCAGGCAUUGGCAUCCUUGGCUUGUGCACAUUGGAACCAAUUUUUUCUGUGAAGCUGGUUUGAGUUUCAUUGAUUUUUGUGCCUCUUUUAGGGACUGAGGUAGUUUCACAUAUUUUCAGAAUUGUUAUUCUUUUUCCAAAGUGAUGUUGACAAAAAUUGAAAACCGCACGGGAUUUAAAUGUUUUGUCAGUGGUGUGAAAUGAUAGUGGAUGCUUCAACGAGCUUAAAAUAAAUGAGUAUGUGGCCUUUGUUGAGAUUGCUGAGAUUUUCAACCAUGCAAUGAUGUAUGAGCUUUGCUGUUUUAAAGCUGCAGGCCCUUUCUAAUGUGGCAAAUAUUAUUACUUAUGAACGACAUAGCUGGUAUCUUAUAAGAGAAGCAAAUGUAUUGCCCUGUUUAGAAUUAAGUAUGUGAGAUGGUUUUCAAGAAAACCAAUUUUUGCAACAGGGCAGAUGCCUCCCCAUCCAAUGUCUUAUGAAGCUGCCAGGGCCCUUUUACUGCCAACGAGGCCCAUCAUUCUCAAACAGACACCAGCUGCACGAGUUCCAGAUGUCAAGACGUCAGUAGCUCACUGAAAACAUGGUUGCUGACUGGAGAAACCUGGUUAAAAUGCAGCACAUGGCUGUGGGAUGCUUGAAAAGUUGAGAAUGCAAAUAUGUUUUCAAACUUGUUUUUUUUUCCCUGCUAAUGGCUGCGUUGAAACAUAAAGAAAAAUAGGACUGGAAGUUUCGUUAAUGGAGUAAUACUUUAAUAUGCCUGAGUACUACCCCAAAUAGCUGAGUGUAGCUAAGGAAGUCCCACUGCAAAUGGCUGAAUGCUUUUCCGGAUGGCCGAGUUAUACUUCAAAUGAUUGAGUAUUGUUUGUUUCCAAGAAAUCAUUUGUGGGCCACUGCAGCUUUAAACAAGAUAUUUAUUGCUUUACUACACCAGAAGUAAAAUUAUACUGGCUAGUGUGGUUCUCAGCCUAUCCAAUGCCAAAGUUAACCACUGUUUUGAAGGAGUUGUGGAAUAAACAAAAUCUGGCACUACGCAAAAAAGGAAAUUAUGUACUUAUGGCUAUAUAGCCCUUUGAUCUAAUAUGAAACACAUAGGUUACUAAAUUUAUUAUCCCUUUGAUGAAAUCUGUUCUUGUUUACAUAGUACUAUAUAAUGAAGUAUGAUAUAGUUCUGGUCCCGUUUGCACAGACCUCUCCUGCAGAUUUCUUUGUGUAACUGCCAUCCGAUUGAAAUCUGCAGCAAGGUUGGUGCAGGAUUUGUAUUUGAUGUGCUAACAGAAAAUGCCUUAUUGCGUGUAAGUACAGUCAGAUGUGUUUGAUGUACUUGAAUAAUGAUGAAAAUAAAUAAUACUGGCUUAUCUGUGCAA